UGUGACUGUGUACUGUUAUUCAACCACAGGGUCUCCACGGGUGCACUGCAACCUCACACAGCUCUGCUCCAAUCAGACUGCCUUCUAUUGGGUGCUGAUUGACGUUGAGGCCACAGGAGCCAAUAAGAGCGAGACAGACAUCCUAAACUGGGUGGCUGGUCUGAUUACCACGGGACCCUGUGGGCUGGGCAGCAUGACUCCUGGGUCCUCAUCAGGAGAGAGUCUGCUGAUGUGCCAGGGAGACGCGCAGGGGAUGGAGGUGACCUGUGAUAAAAAACAAGACAUAAGGAGAUCUAACUGCAGUGUGCUGCUGCAGCUCAGCCAGACGGUCUCUGUCUGCAGUGUGAAGGCAGCUCUGCAGAGGGGCGGGGCUGGGGUGCAGGUGACAGUCCUGGGGGAGGUGGAGAGAGUUGGGCGUGGGUUGUGUAUGGACACAGCGCCCUCUAACGGAGGGUUUGUGAAGUGCACCUCGUCCUCUCCUCUGGAAGACGUCUGUCAAACUGACACACACACCGACCUCACCUGCUCGCUGCUUGAACCAGGAUCUUACCCAGAGCACACAUACGUACCGCUCAAUCCAUCCUGCCAUCGCAACACGGAAGAACAAACCUGCAACUGUUCUUCUCUCUGCGACAACUCAAACGGCUUGUAUGCCUUCAGCAUCAACAUCACCAGUCCCGACAUCACGGCCAGUCACAUAGAAACCAUGAUGUCCAAACUCAAUCAAGUCUCACCCUGUAAUAAACUACUAGAGUCAUGUGAAGGAUAUUCUUUGGUUUCGAGGCGGGUAGUAUAUCAGGCAGUUCACCUGGAGUGCCAAGGAACAGACAUCAGGUUGUACAGCUGUAUGGUCUUGCUGCAGUUGUCUGAGCCUGUGCCGGAUAUAUGUUACCUCACUGACAGUAUUAAGUCCCUCCUCAACAACAACAACAUCAUAUACGAUAGACCUCUGAUGCGCAUGGCGCUGUGUGGCUCCCCUGGUCUGGCUGUAGAGGCUCUACUAAAGACCAACCUGACCUGGGGCUACACCCCCCUCAGCUACGCUCAGAUGUGCCAGUCACCCCCCCUGCUGCCCUGUCAAAAAGGAGAAACUCUUGCUAUGCUCCUGACGGACAGCUGUCUUGGCCCUCCCCCUGAUCCUGUCUCAGCCAAUCCCAGCCCACAGCCCACACCCACCCAGCCUAAUUCUGGGAAUGGUACAACUAGCAAGAAUGCAAAUAGGACCAGCAUAUCUCCCAUGGAGAUCAACCCCCUGAAACCUAACAGUAACACAACACAGCAACCUGCUAUGCAUACUGAGGCAUCAAAGCUCAACACAACACAGUCGCUCACUGCUUCUGCCAGCAUGACUACAAGCGCCAACUCUCCAUUCCAAUCAAACACAACAGGUUAUAGAUCCACUUCUCCCCCUGACAACACAGCAAGUAACCCUGGCAACACAACAAUCACCCCUAGCAACACAACAAUUUCCCCUGGCAACACAACAGCUACCCCAGGCAAUGCAACAAUUACCCCAAACAACUCAACAGCUAGCCCUGGCAACACAACAGCUACCCCAGGCAACACAACCAUUACCCCAAACACCUUAACAGCUAGCCCUGUCAACGCAACAAUUAUCGCAGGCAACACAACAGCUAGCCCUGACAACACAACAGCUACCCCAGGCAACACAACAAUUACCCCAAACAACUCAACAGCUAGCCCUGGCAAUGCAACAAUUAUCCCAGGAAACACAGUUACCCCUGACAACACAACAGCUACCCCAGGCAACACAACAAUUACCCCAAACAACUCAACAGCUAGCCCUGGCAACACAACAGCUACCCCAGGCAACACAACCAUUACCCCAAACACCUUAACAGCUAGCCCUGUCAACGCAACAAUUAUCGCAGGCAACACAACAGCUAGCCCUGACAACACAACAGCUACCCCAGGCAACACAACAUUUACCCCAAACAACUCAACAGCUAGCCCUGGCAACGCAACAAUUAUCCGAGGCAACACAACAGCUAGCCCUGACAACACAACAGCUACCCCAGGCAACACAACAAUUACCCCAAACUACUCAACAGCUAGCCCUGGCAACGCAACAAUUAUCCCAGGCAACACAACAGGUAGCCCUGACAACACAACAGCUACCCCAGGCAACACAACAAUUACCCCAAACAACUCAACAGCUAGCCCUGGCAAUGCAACAAUUAUCCGAGGCAACACAACAGCUAGCCCUGACAACACAACAGCUAACCCUGGUAACACAACAAAUGCCCCUGGCAACACAACAACUAUCCCUGGAAACACAACAGCUACCCCAGGCAACACAACAGUUACCCCAAACAACUCAACAGCUAGUCCUGGUAACGCAACAAUUAUCCAAGGCAACACAACAGCUAGCCCUGACAACACAACAAUUACCCCAAACAACUCAACAGCUAGCCCUGGCAACACAACAGCUACCCCAGGCAACACAACCAUUACCCCAAACACCUUAACAGCUAGCCCUGUCAACGCAACAAUUAUCGCAGGCAACACAACAGCUAGCCCUGACAACACAACAGCUACCCUUGGUAACACAACAAAUGCCCCUGGCAACACAACAGCUACCCCUAGCAACACAACAGCAACCCCAGGCAACACUACAAUUACCCCAAACAACUCAACAACUAGCCCUGGCAACACAACAGCUACCUCUGGCAACACAACAAUUACCCCUGUUAACACAACACUACACAACACAACUUCUAUGCCUGACAACACAACCGGAUACACCCCGAAAGCUCCUGACAACACAACAGCCAACUCAACAAUUCCACAUAGUGCAUCAAUUUACAACACAACAUCUUACCCCAGUAGUGCAACAAUAAACUACACAACUGAUACCCCUGGCAAUACCACUGUCAAUGGAAACCACACCCCCACCAGCAUAUCUGUGUCAGACAACAGCUCAGUGACAACAACUGCCCAAACCAGCCAAAACACAACGACAGUGACCGUUGAUGUCAGCCCUGUCUCCAACCCCAACACAACAGCUGUCCCGAUCAUUAACCCGAACACAACCAGAGAAUCUGUUCACAGUGAAGAAACAACUCCGUCCAAAAAUAUCUCGGAACCAACCAGAACCUCAACCACAAACAUUACAGCCAUAAUCCCUCCCACCACAGCCACACCUCCGCCCACUACAGUAACAACUCCAUCCACGACAACCAAGACUUCCCCCACUAUUGUCAUAGCUCCACCCACCACCGUUUCAGCCACACCCACUACAGCAACCGCCCCCCCCACCUCGGGCAAUACAGCGCAGGAACAGGAAGCAGACCAGCUGUCUCAGAUGACUGAGGGCCAGCUCAACUCCUCCCAGGUGGAGCUGGUGGUGAGCAGGCUGGAGCAGCUUCUGCAGGGUCCUAGUGUCUCCAAGUCGGUGGGACAGAAGGUCCUCACAGUGAUCAGCAACCUAAUGGCUGCCGACCCCACAGCCCUUUCAGCUUCUGCAAACAGGCUGGUAAAAGCCGUGGACAGUCUGGGGCUGAAGCUGGACGUUGAAGGGAACAGCAAGACCCUGUCAACUGCCUCUCUGUCUCUAGCUGUCGCCAGAGUGGAUGGGACCAGCUUCCAGGAAGCUUCCUUUAUAUUCUUUAGUCCUGAAAACCUGCAGGUGAGCGUGGGUGGGCGGUCCAAGAGGUCUGUGGCUCCUAUGGGGUCUGUGUCUCUGCCCUCCUCCUUGACUGAAGGCCUGAGUCCUCAGGAACAGCUGCUGGCCAACAGAGUCCAGUUCACAUUCUACCAGAAUGCCACUCUCUUCCAGGACCGAGGUCUGGGUGAGCGGAAGGUCAUCAGUCCUGUUCUGGCCUCCAGUGUGGCUAACCUGUCAAUCAGUGGACUGAGAGAAAACAUCAAGUUCACCCUGAGAAACACCGACCCCCCUGGAAACUACACGGCUUCCUGUGUGUUCUGGGACUUCACUCUAAAUGACUUUGCAGGGGGAUGGAACUCUACUGGCUGCUCUCUGGUCAACACCACAGAUGAAGACACCACCUGUAGCUGCAAUCACCUCACCUCCUUUGCUAUACUGCUGGACCUGUCUCAAAACACGGACCAGGGUGGUGUCAGGGACAAGCAGCAGGCUCUCAUCCUGACCUUCAUCACCUACAUCGGCUGCGGGCUCUCAGCCAUCUUCCUGUCCGUCACCCUGCUGACCUACCUCUCCUUCCAGAAGUUGCGUCGCGAUACCCCCUCCAAGAUCCUGAUCCAGCUGUGUCUGUCCCACCUCCUGCUCAACCUGCUAUUCCUAUUGGACGGCUGGCUCGCCCUCUACCCCGCCACGGGCCUGUGCACCAGCACAGCCUUCUUCCUGCACUACUUCCUGUUGACGUCGUUCACCUGGACGGGGCUGGAGGCGCUUCACAUGUACCUGAGCAUCGUGAGGGUGUUCACACCCUACCUCAGCAGAUACAUGCUCAAGCUCUCCCUGCUGGGCUGGGGACUCCCCCUCGUGGUAGUUGUUGUGGUGAUAGCGGUGGACAAGGACAAUUAUGGUUUGGUGACGUAUGGAAGAUACACAGACGGUUCAUCGGAUGACUUCUGCUGGAUCCGGAACACCCUCGUCUUCUAUGUAGGCGUGGUGGCCUACUUCCUGUUGGUGUUUGUGCUGAGCGUGGUGGUGUUCAUCGUGGUGAUGGUGCAGCUGGCGCGGGUCAAGAAGCAGAACCCCCAGAACGUGGCCCCUAACAGGGGCGUGUUGUCCGACCUGCGCAGCAUCGCUGGCCUCAUCAUCCUGCUGGGCCUCACCUGGGGCUUUGCUCUGUUCGCCUGGGGAGACCUCUACCUGCCCUUCAUCUACCUCUUCACCAUCUUCAACUCCCUGCAGGGCUUCUUUAUCUUUGUGUUCCAUUGUGCUGUGAAGGACAGUGUUCGGAAGCAGUGGAGAACUUUCCUCUGCUGUGGGAGACUGCGAUUGGCUGAGAACUCAGACUGGAGUCGCACAGCAACCCACCGUGUCAAGCAGCAGUCUGUCACCUCGGCAACCAACGUUCCUCUAAACUCCGCCUCUCGAAGCUCCUCCCUCAUUAGUGAAGAAACCACCAAUGGCAGUGACAGUGGGAUCUCUGAGGCUUCCAACAGAGACGUUAUUCUGAACAACAUCCAAACGCAGGGCUUGUCCACAUCAUCAGGCAGCCCCUACAGUAGCGCUCGCUGGAUGUGAAUAUGCACUAAUGAGUGACAGCUGGUCCUGUAGAAUUAUGACAACACUACCACACCGCCUUACAGUUGCCUGGCUUACAUGGGCACAAUGCUUAGAAUGUGAUGGUGUUGAUCCUCACACAUCUGUUUCUGUCUCUGUUGAUCAUAGAAAAUGUAUAUUCAGCAACAGAUGCCCUACUUAAAGUGACAGCAUCUAAAAAAUAUUAUUUUAAAGUGACAUUUUUGAAAAACAUUCCGAAAGGUAAAGGAAAAACGAUCAAGAAUAAUUGUUUAGUUAGAUUAUAGUUUUAUACUCCUAAAAGAUGUGGACUGCACACUGAUAGCUGUGAUGAUGUACACUGUUUAUGUCAGGACCCACACAACCAGCACCGACAGUUUUGUCCUGAGAGAAAAUAUAAGUAUUAUUUUACAAAUCAGCCAUAUAACCAUUUACCAAUGUACAUAAUGUUAUAUACAUAUAUCUAGAUAUUUAAUAUAGUUUCACGUACUUGUAUAAUAAAAGGAUUGUACAAAGCUUUGCAAUGUUAUGUAUAUAAUCAAGUUUUUAAGAAAUCCUGAGGACUUGAUUGUCAACUAACAAACGGAGAGUCUAAAAACAGCUUUUGCCAAAACCUGUCAAACUUGAAAACAGACGGUGUCAAGUUUCAGUGAGUG